GUUUGCGCGUAUUCAGGGUGGAACAUUUAAAUUCUAUAGCUGACGCAUUUCCAAUAUACGUCUUAAAAUGUAGUUUACGUUUUUAGAAAUAAAGUUAGGAAAUUUUAUAUUUCAGUUAUUUCAAUGAAAAAUGCCUUUACCAAAUGUUAAAACAACUUACGUUCGGCCUAUUUGUGGAUAUACUGAAGAUCAUAAUGUAUUCACGGAAUUAUCUUCACCGCAGUUUGAUUUGGCAGGAAACACUGUCACUGAUGGUUAUUAUGACAGAGCCAAUCAAUCUCUGACACCUAUAUGUGAAGCCAAGCAAAAAUAUGUUGAUAAAUUAAAUUUAGAACAUAUAAGCUUAUUUUCUAAAGUAGAGCAAAUUGAAAAAUUGAUGACUUGUAUGCAGCUGGAUUCCAAACAGAAGAACAAAAGAAUAGAUGAUCUUAACCAAACAAUAGAUUCACAGAGAAAGGUUGUAUUAGGUCUUCAGCUGGAUAAUGAAAAUUUAAGUCUUCAGCUGAAUGAAGAGAUGCAACAAAGAAGUCUAGUCAUGGAAAAGUUCCUUUCUGCUAAGGAAUUUUAUUCUGGUUUGAAAAGACAUUCUAAUAUUUUAAGGGAACAUUUUGAACGUCGUGAUAAAAUAGAAGAAAUAUUUAAAACUGCAGAUUCACAGAGGUUGCAAAUGAUUGAGGAUAUUAGGAAUAAAUACAGUGACCUCUGCAUGGAGCAGUCUGAGAAAAUAAGUUAUUUACAUAAUUCUUUGGCAUCUGAGACAAAUAAAGCAAUAGAUUUAAAAGAGGCCUUUGAGCAACAACUUGUAGAUUUUGAAAAUCAGCGGGAAUCUUUUCUCAACAUGCUUAGAAGUGUUGAAAGUGAGAAGAGCAAACUUUCUCAAGAACUUCAAGAAUUUAGAAAAGUUUCAGAAACUUUGACAAAAGAAAAAGCGGAAUUGGAAACAACCAUUUUACGGUUAGAAAAGCUAUAUGAAGAAAAUUUAUGCAAGAUGAAAGAUUUGGAGAGUAAACUGGUAGAUGCAGAGAAUGAUAAACGUGAUAUAGAACAGAGCUAUUUAUCACAGUCUUUAAAAGUUAAAGAACUGAUGAGUAAAUGUGAAGAAUUUGAAGGAACUUCAAAACAUCAAAAAAUACAAUAUGAAGAUAAUAUUUCUGAGAUGAAUGUAACCAUUUCAAAGUUAGAUAAUGAAUUACGUGGGCUAAAAGAAAAGUUAUUAAAGGAAGACAUGAACAAGAAAAAUUUGGAAUGUGCUCUUCAGCAUGUAAAAAAUGAAAAAAAUGAUCUUUCACAGUACAUUUCUGAAGUUGAAAAGGAAUUGAGAUUACAGGAAGGCUUAAAGAGUGAAAUUGAACAAUUGAAAGAAACUAUCAAUAUGUUAACAGAAGAGAAAAAAUAUCUUAAUUCAGCCCUGGAAGAUACUAAAAAAGAACUUUUGCAAAAUCAGUCUGAAAAAGAAUAUUUGUCUAAACUUCAUUCAGAAAAAGAAGAAAAACUUUACAAAAUAUCACAGGAGUAUGAAAUAAUGGUACAUGAUUCUCAAAAAUUGAUUCAUUCCAAUAAAGAAUUUAAAGAAAUGUUAUCAAAAAUGAAAAUUCUUGAAGAAGAUUUAAAAGCUAAAAAAGAAGCUAAUGAGAAAAUGUUGUCAAAAAUGAAAGUUCUUGAAGAAAAUUUAGAAACUGAAAAAGAAACUAUUGAGAAAAUGCAGUCAAAAAUAAAAAUUCUUGAAAAAGAUUUAGAAGCUGAAAAAGAAACUAAUGAGAAAAUACUGUCAAAAAUAAAAAUUCUUGAAAAAGAUUUAGAAUCUAAAAAGGAACUUAUUCUGGUUAAUGAGAAAAUGAUGUCAAAAAUAAAAAUUCUCGAAGAAGAGCUAGGAUCUAAAGAAGAACUUCUUCUAGUUAAUGAGAAACUGAUGUCAAAGAUAAAGACUCUUGAAGAAGAAUUGGAAUCUAAAAAAGAAUUUGUUCUAUCUAAUGAGAAAAUGCUGUCAGAAAUGAAAAUUCUUGAAAAAGAAUUAGAUGCUAAAAAAGAAAUCAUUAUAUCUAAUGAAAAAACUAUAUCACAUUUACAGACUACUGUAGACGAAAAUGAGAUAAUAUUGGGCCGAUUAAGGUAUGAGAAUAUUGAAAUGAAAGACAAAAUUGAAGCUGAAAAAGAUAGUGUUAAAAUUUGUUUGGAAUGUGAAGCAUUAACAGAACAGGUAUUUACUUUUAAGACUAGCAAUCUCACAGGACAUAUAUUAAAUUUUAUAUUACUACUAGAUGACCUG